AUGAAAUGUUUUGAUCAAGUUUUAUUGAACUCUGGAUUUACAAUGCCAAUGAUAUCGCUUGGGACAUUCAAGUUAAAAGGUGAUGAUGUUUUCCAGAUAAUUGAUGCUGCCUUGAACUAUGGCUAUAGAUCAUUUGACACCGCUCAGGUUUAUAAAAAUGAAGAAAGUAUUGGCAAUGCUCUCAAAAUUUUAUUGCCAAAGUAUAAUUUAAAUAGAAAAGACAUUUUUCUAAUCACCAAACUAGGUCCUAAAAAUCAUGGAAACGUAAGAUGUCGAGUGUUUUACUUACAAUCACUCAGAAAUUUGCAAACUGAUUAUUUGGAUUUAUUCUUGAUUCACUGGCCAGCAGUCCAGGGUUGUAAACCUUCAGAUGAAAUUAAUAUUAAGUUAAGGAACGAAUCCUGGCAAGAAAUGGAAAAACUAGUCAUUGAAGGAAAAAUAAAUUCUGUUGGCGUUUCUAAUUAUACUAUGAGGCAUUUGGAAGAACUUUAUAAAUACUGUAAGAUUGAGCCAUCUGUUUUACAAAUUGAGUAUCAUCCUCAUUUGGUACAAUCCAAAUUGUUACAAUUUUGUCAAAAAAAUAACUUACAUCUGCAAGCUUAUUCAUCUUUAGGUUCUCAGGGUAAUAAUUUGCUGUUAUCUAACAAUCUGGUGCGACAAAUUGCUUUAAAACAUGCCGUAACAAAUGCACAAGUAUUGUUAAAAUGGGCAGCCCAACAAAACAUAGGUGUCAUUCCCAAGUCCACAAAUCUUGAACAUUUAGCGGAAAAUUUAAAAAUUUUUCAUUUUCAAUUGACGGAAAAGGACAUCGAUGAUCUUAAUUCGUUAGAUAAAUCAUGUCAUUAUUGUUGGAACCCUGAGUGUGUCAUCUGA